AAGGAACCCAGCUGCCGUGGAGACAACACCUUCCUCUUCUUCCUUGGAGAGAGAGCGAGUUGAGUAGUGGCGGUUUCUGCGAGAGAUAUCGAGGCAGCAAGAUAAGACUACUGGUUUCAAGAUGGAUCGACUGGAAGUGGUAGCGUUUCUUCUGAGUCUACUCGUGAGAGGUGGAAUCUCUACGGCCUUUGAGGGUUUACUGGCUAUCGGCCCAGGACUUGUACCAGCCUUUAGAUCAACCAACAAUUCCGAACCGUUGGAAAGCUACAUGGCGUUGCUAUCAGAUCGAGUUACAAAGGACAUCAAAGCAAGCGGUAUGGACGGAAUCCACAUCAGCGCCUUCCAAUUCCACUGUGAUAAGAAGAGCGUUGUUGGUACUGGAUUCAUUGACGGGAUACACGUGAGUGGGUUAUCUAGCGUUGAACUUGAAGGGAAAGUGAGGAAGAGGGGUAACAAGGUUACGGAAAUUGAAGUCGUAGGCAUAUACAACGACAUGUUUGGUACAGCCACUGGAAAACUCGUGGUGAACGAUGAGACCUACGUUUUUGCCUCUGCUUUUAUGUCCAAGAAGCAGAGAUUCUGUGGUGUGCUUCUCCUAAACCACCGGACUUGCAAACUCAAAUUGUCUGAGCUGAGAACAGAGAUCACCCCUUUCUCGUUCAAGCACAGCGGAUUUAAGCUGGUCAAGAAAGUAUUCAGCGUCUUCGAACUGCACAUAUGGUACUGGGUCACACGGGGUAUUAUAGAGAGGGACCCCAAGUUAAAGGAGCACAUGAGCGAAGCCAUAAACCACAUCCCUCCUUCGCCAGGCCUGAAGGAGUUUCUCGACUGCAAGCAGAGCGAACAGAGCAACAUCACCACAGAGUCCAGCAGCUUUGGCAGUAUGCAGUCCAGCGAAGCCGGAGAGUCAUCGGUGUUUUCCACUUCAGUGAACGGCAACCGCUUUCAGACGAGCAGUAGCAGCGGCGCCUAUUCCAGCAACGGCGGCGCCAGGAACGUUGCCACGCUGACGGUGUCGUUCAGAACGACUCCGAAGAAGACCGUCGACAGUCACUUGCCCGAAAAUACCGCCACCAGCCCGGCGACUGCGACUGCUCAGACUGAUAGUAGUACUACUAAUAGUACCAUUCUCGUCAGUACGACGACUGAAAAGCCAUUCACAGGUCGUCAUUCAUCACAGUCCGCUAAUAAUAAAAAUACAUCUAUCACGACUUCUGCUCCAUCCUCAACUGAUGGUUCAGUUGAUGGCACUUCGAAGCCGGAGGCAAUGGUCUAUUCAGCUGACAGCACUCCUCGACCGACAUCGACUGACUCAUUAGUCGAAGAAGCUUCGAAGCCAGAGCUUCAUGACUAUUCAGUCGAGAGCACCGAUAGCACCUCGAAAGCACCGUCAACUGACUCUUCAGUUGAUGACACUUCAAAGUCAAUAUCAACUGACUCUUCAGUUGAUGGCACUUCAAAAUCACCACCAACUGACUACUCAAUUGAUGACACUCCUAAGCCACUAACAACUGACCCUUCAGUUGAUGACACUUCGAAACCAGAACCUAAUACCUACUCAGUUGAUAGCACAUCGAAACCAUCGCCAACUGGCUCUGCAGUUGAUAGCACUUUGAAACCAGAGCCAAUGGUCUAUUCAGCUGGCUACACUCCUAAACCAUCACCAACAGACUCUUCAGUUGAUAAGACUUCGAAGCCAGAGGCUAACGUCUAUUCAGUUGAUAGCACCUGGAAAGCAUCACCAACAACUGACUCUUCUGCAGAUAGCACUUCGAAGCCAGAGGCUAACGUCUAUUCAGUUGAUAGCACCUGGAAAGCAUCACCAACAACGGACUCUUCUGCAGAUAGCACUUCGAAACCAGAGGCUAACGUCUAUUCAGUUGAUAGCACCUGGAAACCGUCACCAACAACUGACUCUUCUGCAGAUAGCACUUCGAAGCCAGAGCCAAAUUCAGCAGCUAGCACUUCGAAGCCACCAUCAACUGUCUCUCCAGUUGAAAGCACUACGAAACUCACUCCAACGGUCUCUCCAGUUGAAGUCACCUCAGUCGAAAGCACUUCGAAGCCAUCACCAAAGAUCUCUGCAGUUUAUACCACCUCGAAGCCAUCAACAACUAUCUCCUCACUUAAUGAGACUACGACAUCAAUGCCAUCGGUCUAAUAAGCUGAUAAACGUCCAUCCAAGCGUAGUCGACGAAAUUCUUCCAGAAAAAAAAAUUGUUUAUUUAGACCCAUUCAGCCUCUCCUUCGAAUAUCUAUAGCGGAGUAACUCCCAAAACUUUAGAUUGAUAGAAGACAUAAAAUCAUUCACUCCACGGUCUACUAUUUUGACCGACAAAAUUGUUUCAGAAAGUAAGAUUUAUUUAGACCAGGGGUUCUUAACCUUUUGAUAACACGAGACCCACAAUGAAUUGUCCAACAUGGUUCCAUACCCUCUUUGCUCAAGUCCACUUAAGUCCUGUUUGUUGAUAAUAUAACUUAAUAUGUUUAGUUUAAUACAUACUUUAGGUAUGAAUAGAACAUACAAGAAAAUAGAAAGCAUUGAUAUUUUAUAUAGUUAUAUUUACAAAAUGCACCCAUGUAUACAUUGACACAUUAAAAUAAAAAAUAUUCAAAUAUCCAGAGAUUAAGUCCCAUACCCCCAGCAUGUGGUUCUCAUAUCCCCAAUGGGUAUGGAUACCCCACCUCUCCCCCGGUAAGAACCCUUGAUUUAGACCCAUUCAGCCUCUCUUGAGGAUGUUCUUUGGUGGAGUAACAUAAACUUGUGAGGAAAGUCAUGAUAACUUACAGAACUCUUUCCCGGUAAUUUGAAAAUGAAAUAUAAAUUGGUAUAAAAAUAUUGUAGAUUAAAACAAUGUAAAAAUAAUUUGACUUAUAAAAUUUAUAGUUGUGUUUACAACAGAGGCUCUGAUAUUAUUUGUUUAAUUUGAGGCACCAAGAUUGUAAACAUAGGGAUAAUCAAACGGUAAUAAUAAAAUCAGAUUCAAAAGGAA